GCUCGCGCUCCAUUAGGUAAGUUUCUCCUCUCUAGUGUGAGUUUGUGCUGCGUGGUCCACCAUACCCCACCCUCAGCGUCUUGGGAGUCACGCGCUCCAGUAGAUUGUCCUCUGAAGACUCAUGUUGCCUGAGGAAGAAGCCUGGAAGAGGAGGGAGAGGAAAGAAAAGGAGCCAGGAAUGGCUGUUUCUCAGGAACAGUUGACAUUCAAGGAUAUUGACAUAGAAUUCUCUCAGGAGGAGUGGGAAUGCCUGGAACCCGCUCAGCAAGCCUUGUACAGGGACGUGAUGUUGGAGACCUACAGGAACCUGCUCUCCCUAGACAUCUCUCCUACACACGUGAUCAAGAAAUUACAACUAAAAGUAAACACUGGUAGAGGAGAAGUAUUACAAAAAGUGAUGUUGGGAAGACAUGAAAGGAAUAAAGUGAAACGUUUUAACCUCAUGGGAAUCCAGGAAAAUAUAUCUGACUUUGAGCCUCAGCAGAGAGAUGAGGUAAGAAAUUACAAAGGAACUCCUGUGUCCCAUAAUGAAAAUCCUACUGAUAAGAGAGAUGGACUUGGUAGGAGUGUUGCAGGAAUUAAGCCUAUUGAAAAUAGGCUUGCAUCAAGCUUUCGGGAUGAAUUGCAUAUAUUUAAAAGUGAACAAAAAAUUGGUGAAUUUAAUCAAGCUGACAAGAAUAUCAACAGUAGUGCCUCAUUUUCACCACCUCAGACAGUUACUCCUGUUGUCCAGACAAGCAUUUCUGAUACAAAUGGGAACGAUUUUGUGCAUCCUUCAGUACUGACACAAGACCAGAGGGCACACAGGGAACAACCUUACAAAUGUAAUGAGUCUGGCAAAACCUUUCAUCAGGUCUCAAACCGCACUCGACAUCAGAUCAUCCAUACAGAAGAAAAAUUACAUAAUUGUGAUGUAUGUGGCAAAGUUUUUAGUCAAAAUUCAGACCUUGCAGUUCAUCAGAGAACUCAUACUGGAGAGAAAUCUUACAAACAUAACGUGUGUGGCAAAACCCUUGAUCAUGGCUCACACAUCGCUGGACAUCAGGUAAUCCAUACAGAAGAGAAGUUUUAUAAAUGUGACAUGUGUGAAAAAGUCUUUAGUCACAAAUCAUACCUUGCAGUUCAUCAGAGAAUUCAUACUGCAGAGAAACCUUACAAAUGUAAUGUGUGUGAUAAAGUGUUUAAUCACAACUCGAAUCGUAGAAGACAUCAGUUAAUCCAUACAGGAGCAAAACCAUAUAAAUGUGAUGUAUGUGGCAGAGUCUUUAAUCGAAGUUCAAUCCUUGCACAUCAUCAGAGAAUUCAUACUGGAGAGAAACCUUACAAAUGUAACGAGUGUGGGAAGGUCUUUAGUCGAAAAGGAACCCUUGCAAGUCAUCAGAGAAUUCAUACUGGAGAGAAACCUUACAAAUGUAAUGAGUGUGGUAAAACCUUUUAUCACAGCUCAAUCCUCGCUCGACAUCAGAUAAUCCAUAAAGGAGUGAGAAUAUAUAAAUGUGAUGUAUGUGGCAAAGUUUAUAGUCGAAAUUCAAAUCUUGCAGUUCAUCAGAGAACUCAUACUGGAGAGAAGCCUUACAAAUGUAAUGAGUGUGGCCAGGUCUUUAGUCAGAAAGCAGCACUUGCAUGUCAUCAGGCAAUUCAUACUGGAGAGGAUCCUUACAAAUGUAAUGUGUGUGGCAAAAUCUUCCGUAAGAGGGCGUACCUCAGGAGUCAUCAGGUAAUUCAUAAAGGAGGAAAAUUAUAUAAAUGUGAUGUGUGUGGCAGAGCCUUUAGUGUACGUUCAUACCUUGCAAAACAUCAUAGAAUUCAUUCUGGAGAGAAACCGUACAAAUGUAAUGACUGUGGUAAGGUCUUUAUUAAAAAAGCAAUCCUUGCAAUUCAUCAGAAAAUUCAUACUGGAGAGGAACCUUACAAAUGUGGUGAGUGUGGCAAAGUCUGUAGUCUAAAAGCAUCCCUUGCAAAGCAUCAGGUAAUUCAUACUCAAGAGAGAUGUCACAUAUGUAAUGAGUGUGGCAAAACCUUUCAUCAGAGCUCAACCCUCACUCGACAUCAGAUAAUGCAUAGAGUAGAGAAAUUAUAUAAGUGUGAUGUAUGUGGCAGAAUGUUUAGUCAAAAUUCAUAUCUUGAAAGACAUCAGAGGAUUCAUACUGGAGAGAAACCUUACAAAUGUAAUGAGUGUGGCAAGGCAUUUAGUCAAAAUCCAACCUUUGCAAAGCAUCAGAGAAUACAUACUGGAAAAAAAACCUUAUAAAUGUAAUUAGUGUGGUAAGGUCUUUAUUCAGAAUUCACUGCUUGCAUCUCAUUGUAGAAUACAUGCUGUAGAGAAACCUUUCAAAAAUAUUGAGUGCUGAAAAGGCUUUACUCAGAUUUCAACCCUCACUACACAUUAGGUAAUAAAUACAGAGGGGAAACCAUGUUAAUGUAAUAUAGGUGGGAAGGACUCCCUUGAAAAUUGAAACUUUAAGUUCAUGGGAGAUUCACAGUGGUAGAAAUCAUGCAAAUGUCUUCAGUGUGGCAAAGCCUUACCUAUGAUUGGAUAAUCCAUGCUAGACAGAAACCAUAGAAAUGUAAUGAAUGUCUCAAAGUCUUUAGUCAGAAUUCAUACCUUAAUAUCCACCGAAGAAUUUAUACUGGAGAGAAAUAGAAAUCUUUCAAAUAUAAUGUGUGGCAUAUCCUUCAGUUUACUUUCAGUCCUACCUUACCAUCAGGUAAUCCAUACUGGUGAGAGACUUUAAGUGAGGGUUUUAGCAGGUGUCCACAUGUUACGCUUCCUUGGAAAAAUCACGCUGGAAAGAAUCAGAUAAACGUAUUUAGUAUGACCAGGCCUUUGGAGAAGAAAUUCAUUCACCAAAGAAUUCAUUCUGGAGACUACCUCACAAAUGCCAUGAAUGGGAAAAACCUUUACUCAGGGCUCACGUCUCACCAAUCAUCAGAUAAUCUAUACUGGACAGGACAUUCCAGAUGUAAUGAAUGUGUCAAAGCUUUUGUGUUGUGCCUUAAACUGAGUGUUCACCAAAUACUUCAUACUUGAACAUUCAGUGAGUAUUGCAAGGUUUCAAAUUAUUGCUCAUUCAUCACUAGAUAUCAAAAUACUUAUCCUGGAAGGAAACCACACAAAUGUAAUGUGUGUGGCAAGAAAUGUAAAGGUUUUCAUCAAGUAUCAACACCUUUGGUGUAAUGAUACGGAAAGUUUUUGAGCCCUUCUGACAACAGACUGUAUCAGAGAAUCCAUACUAGAAACAAAUGUCUUUAGUUCUUUGAGAGUAAUCUGAGAUAUUGCAUACAAGAGAAUAAUUACAAGUCACGUAUGGUAAAACGUAUGACAUGAUGUGUAUGACAGGAAGAAGGACGUGUGUGGAAAUGGCCUGUUAUCUUCAGUGUAUAAAUAUUUGUCUUUUCUUGAAAAGGCUAUGUUGCUCUUAAUGCCUUUCAACCCGAAGUUUGAAGUGUGUUCAUUUUAUGCCUUAACUACAGGACUUUCAGAAUGGUCUCUGGGAAAGAGUCAAUAAGAUGAGGGGGCUGACUUCAUUAACUGUAGUUCAUCCACAUCCAUGUCCCCUGGUAAAAGUGGGACCCUUUAUUAUCAAAUUCAGUAGCGUGUGAAUUAGCAUUAGUUGGGGGGUGGCAGUGAAUAGUGUAAAACUGGGACAUGACUAAUCAUGCUUACUAUGUUCAGGCCCUUCUGUAGAUAGGCCAUUACAGGUUACAGCACAGAAUGGUCUACCAACUGGCCGUGAACAGAGCAGAAGGGACAUUAAGGAACUGGGCUUUUCCCGGGAGGAGAGUGACAGGUUCCUAGGGGCUGAUUAUGUGGUAGAAACAGUACAAAGGAAAAGCUGAUCACUUUUUGCAGUGAAUGGGAAUAGCUGUUGUAUAUAUGUGUGUUUAAUGAAAAAUUAGUUUUUUUCCUGGAACUUGAAAGAGAGCAGUUAGUGUGAGAAAAACAGUGUGUGCAUGUGUAUGAUUUACAUUUGACUGUUGCCAUUACAUUUUGCUUUGGUUUAAUUCUGAAUCAAUUAAAAUAGGUGUUCUUUAAUUAAUAAAAUCAAUCGUUUUUCAUAACCCUG